AUGCCGGUGGCGGCACGUGCCCACCUGGCCUCUGAGCAGCGGUCUGGGCUCCCUGGGAGCACAGGGCUCUCGUCCAGCCUCCUGCGAGCCCACACCCUGACCGUGCUGUUCAUCCUCACCUGUGCAUUGGGCUACGUGACUCUGCUGGAGGAGACACCGCAGGACACGGCCUACAACACCAAGAGAGGUAUUGUGGCCAGUAUUUUGGUUUUCUUGUGUUUUGGAGUCACACAAGCUAAAGACGGGCCAUUUUCCAGACCUCAUCCAGCUUACUGGAGGUUUUGGCUCUGCGUGAGUGUGGUCUACGAGCUGUUCCUCAUCUUUAUACUCUUCCAGCAGGCUGAUGGAGAUGCGACGCAUGCGCCCCAGCCCUCGCCCGGUCGCACUUCCAGGGUCGGCCCCACUAACGCGGCGCUGACCUUGCAGACCGUCCAGGACGGCCGGCAGUUCCUGAAAUACGUUGACCCCAAGCUGGGGGUCCCGCUGCCCGAGAGGGACUAUGGGGGAAACUGCCUCAUCUAUGACGCGGACAACAAGACUGACCCCUUCCAUAACGUCUGGGACAAGCUAGACGGCUUCGUUCCUGCGCACUUCCUCGGCUGGUACCUGAAGACCCUGAUGAUCCGCGACUGGUGGAUGUGCCUGAUUGUGAGCGUGAUGUUCGAGUUCCUGGAGUACAGCCUGGAGCACCAGCUGCCCAACUUCAGCGAGUGCUGGUGGGACCACUGGAUCAUGGACGUGCUGGUCUGCAACGGGCUGGGCAUCUACUGCGGCAUGAAGACCCUGGAAUGGCUGUCGCUGAAGACGUACCAGUGGCAGGGCCUCUGGAACAUUCCGACUUACAAGGGCAAGAUGAAGCGGAUGGCCUUCCAGUUCACGCCGUACAGCUGGGUGCGCUUCGAGUGGAAGCCGGCCUCCAGCCUCCGCCGCUGGCUGGCCGUGUGCGGCAUCAUCCUGGUGUUCUUGCUGGCAGAGCUGAACACCUUCUACCUGAAGUUCGUGCUGUGGAUGCCACCCGAGCACUACCUGGUCCUCCUGCGGCUGGUCUUCUUUGUGAACGUGGGGGGCGUGGCCAUGCGCGAGAUCUACGACUUC